AUGGGAACAGAAAGAAUGGCCUUUCUUGAUGCAAAAAUGAUUAAUGAUAUUUAUUGUCCAAAUGCUUGUGAAGGAUUUGGAAGAAACUUGCGUUGCCAAGCUGGCGGUUAUCCAGAUCCAAAUAAUUGCAAUGUUUGUAAAUGCCCUGAUGCACUUGGUGGUGUUGAAUGCGAAAGGUUACAACCAAGUGUUUGUGGAGGUGAAUUAAUAGCUACCGAUCAGUGGCAAACACUUAGGUCACCAGAAUUGCAUGAUUCUCGGACUCAACAAACAAAUUUAAAUCCUUCCUUUAACAAAAAUGUUCAAUGUUAUUGGAGAAUUUCUGCACCCGAAGGAAGUCAUAUUCGUUUUAGAUUAAGUGAUGGAGAGUCGUAUGUUGAAAUUAAACACAAAUUGGACAUUCGUUGUUGUUAUCGGCCAAAGGAGGAUACAAUAUCUGAUGGAAGUCAAAUUUAUGUAAGAGGAUUUUUUAAAGGGGAGCUAAAAAAUUUUUUAUCGGAAGAUUGCCUGUUUUAUUUUAAUAAAUUUUUAAAAAUUGAAAAAAUUUUUAAUUUGGUUUCUGGGAUUAAAAAUCAAAUUUAA